AUGGCACUGUCCGGGCUCAAGACGGCCAUCUGGGGCCCUCCCGGGGUCGAGCGAUCCCUGCUCAUCAAGCUGGACAGUACCGUGCUCAUUUAUUUCUCGCUCAUCUGGUUCCUGUUCGGCAUCAACCGCGCCAGCUACAGUACUGCCUAUAUCAGUGGCAUGAAGGAAGAUGUCGGCUUUCAGGGCAAGGACUUCAACUACAUGUCCACCAUUUACUUGGUCUGCUACGCAGUCAUGCAGAUGCCUUCGACUGCGGCUUUAACCAUUAUACGACCGAGACAUGUCUUCGUCCUGGCAAAUACGGUGUGGAGCGUUUUGACCCUCAUAACAUUCCGGGUGGACCACGUAUGGCAGGUCUUUGUGCUCAAUGGUUUCGAGGGAGCCGUUGGGGCGCACUUCAUAUAUGGCUCUUGGUAUAAACAGUCCGAGCUUGGGACCCGAGCCGCUGUCUUCUGUGGUUUCGGCAACCUGGGUAACAUGGCUGGAGGCUGGAUCCAGGCCGCCUUGCUUGGAUCGCUUGGUGGCAAAGGGUCAUUGCCUCCAUGGCGUUGGAUGUUUAUUGUGGUAUCGGUCAUGACUAUCCCGUUUGCGUUGUUUGGUUGGUUCGCAAUUCCUGAUCUGCCACACCACAAGUCCGCACGCUUCCUGACUGAAGAGGAGAAGGAGUGCGCGGUUCGGCGUCUCGGCGAGUCUCGAAAGACCACAUGGGAUCUCACUGUGUUCAGGCGCGUGCUUUUGAGCUGGCAAUUCUGGUUGCUUCCCACCGUGUUCAUGCUCUACUCCCUGUGUGUUCAGUCACUGACCAACAACGUUAUGCAACUCUGGAUGGCUUCUAGGGGUUACAGCGUCAUCCAGCAGAACAACUAUCCCACUGGCAAAUACGCAGUGGCCAUCGUUGCGACGCUCAUCUAUACCGUCAUAUCUGAUCGCAUUCGAUCACGUUGGGAGUGUUCCCUGGCCAUCGGCGUUACUUUCGUCAUCGGAAGUGCGAUACUUGUUGCACACCCUGCUAACGAUGCUGGAUACUUCUUCGCCUUCUACCUGCUUGGCUCGACAUUCGCGCCACAGGCGCUGUGGUAUACUUGGAUGGCAGACCUGACUGCGCAAGACGUGCAGCUGAGAGCCAUAACAACAGGGUUCAUGAACUCAUUUGAUUUUGCCUUUGUGAGCUGUUAG